AUGGAGGGGAAUGUUGACCAACCCACUCUGCCACGAGUGUCAACGACCCCCACGAUCGCCGAUACCAAACCCGCGCCGCCCAGAGCCUCGACCUUUCCUGAUAUCGCCGUGAUAGGUUCGGUCACUUCGGAUGUCGCGUCGGGCUCCAGCACCAGCCAACAAGAUGCUCAGCGCAAUCUCGCCCGGCGUGCGCCGCCACCUGGCGGGCCCGUCGCCAGAUCGUCGACCCUGACACUACAGGAAACCCGAACCGAGACCAGCGCCAUUGACCCGUUAUCUCAGCAUAUCAUCCAACGUACCAACACUCAAAAGUCAAUUCCGCUGAAGUUGCUAGGCCGUGCCUCGUACGAGGCCGAAGCCGGCAACUCCGAAUACAGCCUGUCGGAGCAGGGCGCGGCUCGGGGAGAUGCAGCGUUAAACUCAAAACCUCCCAAAGACAAGAAAGCUAACCUCGAACCCUCUCUUUCUCUCCUGAACAGGAAGGGUGUGUCUUUUUUGAGCCGCUUCAUUGGCACCAAAAAGAAGGAUCAACUGUCGGAGGCGGAAGAUGAAGUAUCAGACCCGGAUGCCAGCCGUAUGUCCGUCGACACUUCGCAUCCGAUAGGAUUUAUCCCGCGCCAUCCGGCCCCAGCACGGUAUCUACGGACACGGGUCCACUACAAAAAGGAGAAGACCUUUAACCGGGUGUUCCUUGCCCAGGAGCUGUUGGACGGCGCGAUUCCGCAGCGCGCAGCAGAGAGACGAGUCUCCUCGUCGUCCCGUGUGCAAAAUGACGACAGCACGGGCAAGGCCAUCUGGGCCCUGGAGUUCUCUAACGAUGGCAAGUAUCUCGCCACGGCAGGACAAGACCGGAAAGUACGGAUUUAUGCCGUUAUUGCCACCCCGGAUGAGCGUGGACGGGCCACACUAGAGGACGACGAUGCGUCCAUAGGGGAGCAAUCGCAUCCGCGGCUAAGGGCUCCAGUGUUUCAAACCAAGCCCGUUCAAGUAUUCGAAGGACAUACCGGGAGUAUUUUGGACUUAAGUUGGAGUAAAAACAAUUUCCUUCUGUCCUCGUCGAUGGACAAGACGGUUCGGUUGUGGCAUGCAAGCCGGUCUGAGUGCUUAUGUUGCUUCCAACAUAGUGACUUUGUCACCUCAAUUCGAUUCCAUCCCCGAGACGACCGAUUCUUUCUGGCUGGCUCACUCGAUACCAAACUGCGCCUGUGGAGUAUUCCAGAUAAGAACGUAGCAUACGUCGCCACGGUGCCAGACAUGAUCACAGCAGUAGCAUUCACUCCGGAUGGCCAGUAUUCAAUGGCCGGGUGUCUGAACGGCCUACUCAACAUUUAUGACACGGAGGGUCUGAAGGUAUCCGGCCAGAUACACGUUCGCUCAGCUCGCGGGCGAAAUUCCAAAGGCAACAAGAUCACGGGAAUUGACACCAUGACGGUGCCACGCGAGGAUCCGAACGGGGAUGUCAAGUUACUGGUGACGAGUAAUGAUUCACGUAUUCGAAUGUAUGAUUUUCGUGAGCGGGUGUUGGAGGCCAAGUUCCGCGGAAACGAGAACACCUGCAGUCAGAUUCGAGCUUCUUUCACCGACGAUGGCAAGCAUGUCAUUUGUGGAAGCGAGGAUCGUCGGGCGUACAUCUGGCCAGUUGGGUCAACUGAGCGGGAUACUGACAAGCGCGCCGUGGAGGUUUUCGAAACACAAUCUGCAAUCGUCACCGUGGCAAUCACUGCGCCGACAAGGACAAAGCAGAUAUUGGGGCUGUCAGAGGAUCCGAUUUACGAUAUUUGCAACCCGCCCCCUGUGGCACUCAUGAGCCCCGAGCAGUCCUCAAAACAGGAAAGCCCCGCGAGGGAAAGUGAGAGUAACCACAAGCGGUCCACAUCGGGGCCGCAGUUGUCAAUUAUCGGCCGCAUGGCCAACGAGUCGCCGACCUACAUGUCUCGCUCGACACAUCCCGAUGGUGAUAUCAUCAUCAUAGCCGACUACUCCGGAAAAAUUAAAGUACUUCGACAAGAUUGCGCCUACCACAAACGCCGCUACGAGAACUGGGACGCAACCUCAAGCAUCUCACGGCGGAUUCUGGGACGCUCCAACUCCGCACGACAUAGCAUCGCAUCUUCCAUUGGCAAGGACUCGGCGCACAAGACCCCCUCCGAGCGCAUUAUCUCCUGGCGCAACUCCGUCAACCGCCAUGGCCGCACUAGCACCGAGGGAUCGCGCUCAGGACUCCGCACCCGUAGUCCCUCCCCUCAACACCGGCCACCUACCUUCCGACUCUCGUCCUCUCGGCCUUCCAGCAUGGGUCCAAAUGAAUCUCUCUCCGUUAUCACGACUUCCCCUCCGCCAUCCCCUCGCCGGAUCCCCGUCGACCAUAGAAGACAUCCCAGCGAGGUCAGGGCACCACCGAACGGCCAUGAACUUCCACAUCCGCAACAUCCAGACCCCCGCAAACUGCCAGGCUCCUCAGCUGAUAUUGUUGCCAGUGGUAAGAGCAAGGACAACCCGCUCUGGCUGCAGGGCAGUCACAGCUACGCGUACUGGAACAAAAUCACACACGAUGCGCUCGCUGCACAGACUCGUAAGGCAAGGGAUUUUUUGAGCCCAAACCAGAACACUUCUCGUGAACGCAAGCUCAGCACGGCGACUAGCGCUCUUAGUAGUGACUAUGGAUCGUCUACUGGCGUCGAGGGCGAGGAAGAUAUUAUGAAGUGCGAACACUGCCGUGGGACCAACUUUCGUGGCGUCAAGGGCCGAGAUGGGAAGCAGAAGUUGAUCUGUGUCCAAUGUAAUCGCGCUAUCGACUGA